AUGCCAUUAUAUGUAAAAUUUCUUAAAGAAUUGAUCACCAAGAAGAGAAGCUGGCAGGAGAAUGAAACUGUGAUUCUUACUCAAGAGUGUAGUGCCAUCAUUCAAAAGGAACUUCCACCAAAGCUCAAAGAUCCAGGCAGCUUCCUCAUACCAUACACAAUUGGGAACAUGGCCAUUGACAAAUCACUUUGUAACCUGGAAGUAAGCAUCAACUUAAUGCCUCUUGCCAUGAUGAAGAAAAUGAUGAUAGAAGAGCUUAAACCUACAAGGAUGUCACUUCAACUUGCUGACAGAUCCAUCAAAAUACCAAAUGGAGUAGUGGAGAAUCUCUUGGUGAAAGUGGGAAUUUUUAUAUUCCCAGCCGACUUUGUGGUCUUAGAUAUGGAUGAAGAAGGAAAUAAUUUAGUUAUUCUUGGUAGACCCUUUUUGGCCACUGCUAGAACAAUCAUUGGUGUGGAAAAGGGGGAGAUGAUCUUUAGAGUACAUGAUGAGCAAAUGACUAUAAACAUCUUCAAGGCAAUGCAAUACCCUGCUGAGAAAGAAAGUUGCAUGAGGAUUGAUGUGGUAGACUCCUUGGUUGAAGAAGUAUUUGAAGCAAACCAUUAA